ACGUGACUCUCAUUAGACGGCUCUGGUGCUAGCUACCAACUAACAGUAUCAGCCGUUUGUCCGCAAACAAUCGGACAAAUUGGUUGAAGAAAGACCGCGAUUAAAAUAGAUUUUGUAGCUGCGCUGUAGCUUAAGUUUAUGUCACACAUUGAAGGUUAUUUUGUGUAAUUAGCUCACUUAGCAGGCUAUUGUGCGGUAGCUAGCUGGCUAGUUAGCUCAAGACAACGUCAUAAGAAAGAAAGUGGGAAACAAACGUGGUGGCGCAUUGAUUAAAGCUGCCGCUUUUGGCUGUCUGUCUGUGAAACAAACCACCAGCAGUGCCAGAAUGAAUAUCGCUAAAAGUGGUUAUCGCGUCUUUUCCGCAAACUCUUCUGUAGCGUGCACAGAAUUGGCCAAGAAGAUAACGGAGCGGUUGGGAGUCGAACUGGGAAAGUCGGUGGUCUUCCAGGAGUCCAACAGAGAAACUAGAGUGGAUGUGAAAGAAUCCGUUCGAGGACAAACUAUCUUCAUCAUCCAGACCAUACCGCGAGAUGUCAACACGGCCAUCAUGGAGCUGCUAAUUAUGGCCUACGCCCUCAAGACGUCUUGUGCAAAGAACAUCAUCGGGGUCAUUCCUUACUUUCCCUACAGCAAACAGUGCAAGAUGAGGAAGAGGGGCUCGAUAGUCAGCAAGUUGUUAGCGUCAAUGUUAGCGAAAGCAGGACUAACGCACAUCAUCACCAUGGACUUGCACCAGAAGGAAAUCCAGGGCUUCUUCAGCUUUCCAGUGGACAACUUGCGUGCCUCCCCUUUCUUGAUUCAGUACAUCCAAGAAGAGAUUCCUGAUUACAGAAAUGCCAUCAUCGUGGCAAAGUCCCCGUCAGCAGCUAAGAGGGCUCAGUCCUAUGCAGAGCGCCUGCGUUUGGGUCUGGCUGUGAUUCACGGCGAGGCUCAGUGUUCAGAGUCGGACAUGGCCGAUGGAAGACACUCGCCACCGUGUGUACGCAACACCACAGGACACACCGGACUGGAGCUUCCUCCAGGCAAACAACAAGCUCCGUUCCCCGGCAUAGAGCUCCCAAUAAUGAUGGCCAAGGAGAAGCCUCCCAUCACUGUAGUCGGAGACGUGGGGGGGAGGAUCGCCAUCAUCGUGGACGACAUCAUAGAUGAUGUCGGGGACUUUGUUGCCGCUGCUGAGAUCCUGAAAGAGAGAGGAGCCUAUAAGAUUUACAUCAUGGCCACACAUGGCUUACUGUCUGCUGAUGCUCCACGCCUCAUCGAGGAGUCGGCCAUCGAUGAGGUGGUGGUGACCAACACGGUGCCCCAUGAAGUACAGAAGCUACAGUGUCCCAAGAUCAAGACUGUGGAUGUGAGCAUGAUACUGGCCGAGGCCAUCCGCCGCAUCCACAACGGAGAGUCCAUGGCUUACUUGUUCCGCAACAUCACGGUGGACGAUUAGAGCGAGUCGGAGAGAGGGCGAGGUGGGUGAGACGAUGACUGAAGACGGGUGCUGUGAAGAUAAAUAUGCUAACGUGUUUUGUGUCAGGAUUACAUGUUUCCCAAUUCAUUGAAGGAAGUUCAAAUGUUAAGAAUUACCCAAAGUUAUUUAAGCUAAAGGUGUCAACAUGUGUUGAGAAAUGAGAAUGAGAAAUCUUGUUCUUUUUGAGAAAAGAUGAUAAAGAAGCAAACGAAUGACUUUCACCUUUUGAUGCAUUCUGUCGUAUUUCGAAGCCGCUCCUCGGCCCGCUGCUCUCGCUGCUUUUCCAACUUGAACAAAAGAUUUGUAUUUACAUAAAAGUUGCUUAGUCAUGCACUGCGGUACCUCAUAACUAAUGACUGAGAGAAAGAUGUCUCUAGUAACAGGACUAUAUGCUCUACCAACCAUUCUAAAAGGCUCCUGCCUGCACUCAUGAUCCGGCUGCUCUGUGAUGUCUUUGCGUUUAACGGUGGUGUGUUGUUUCCAACCUCAAAUACAAUGUUGGACAAACUCCGGCUCAUUGGUGCCCAAAUAACGCAGCUGUCUUUGCACCACUUGUGGGAAUGUUUGGUAGAAUGUCCGAUACGACGCAACAAGGUUCUCAACAUCUGUAGAAAUGAAUGAAUCAUCGUUUUAUAUUAUGUAUAUUAGGGGGUCAGUUCAGCAAAAUAUAUUCUCCUAUUUCCUCUGAGAGUUAUCUCCGAGGAGAGUUUUGGUUUAUUGCUGCGUCUGUGCUUCCUGCUGUUAACUGAGUACAGUUGAGUUUAAUGUCAUUUAAUUUAUGAGGCUCAAAUGAUCAAUAUGCUUUGUUUGAAAAUAAUUGACACUGGAUAUAAUCUACAAUGUUCACAGUGAUGUAACUUUAACAUUUCUGUAAAGGUGACUAGUUAAAAGAUUUAAACACCACAGAUGAAGAAACAUGGGUAACGUAUACUGUAGCACUGUUUGAUUUGUAUUAUUACGAUUAUUUCCUUAUUUGGAUGGACUGACCCUUUAAUAAUCUCUCUCUAGCAGCUGACUGAACAGAGCUAUUCUAACAUAGUGCUCAUUUAAGGGCUGAUGGUGUAAACUGUGACACAUAAAAAGCCAAAAGGACACCCCUCGUUAUAGCCAAUUAACUACAAACCACGAAUACUAAACAUCACUGCCGGGUUUCUUCGUGUAUUUCUUUAGUUUGUGUUUUUUAAGGAGGAUUUCCUUCAUUUAAGUGCUUGAGUGAACCUCCGGCUGGGUCUUCCUCAUCAUCGCAGUGCUCUCGUUAUCUGCUGAUGUGACUGAAAGGCUGCUUGUGUACUUUAAACUUAAUUCUCCCGGCUGGAGGUUAGCGGCAGUAAUCCACAGUACAUGACCUUUUCUAAAUGCAAGAAGCAGCCAAGUUCUCAAUCUGAGAAUUCUUCAUUUUGAGAUUUGUAUUGCUCGUGUAUUAAGUGCAUUACAGUAACCAGCAUUGAAUUCUUGAAACCCGAGUGUGUCACCAGCACUUGAACGUACCAGACAAAUUGUCCAACAAUAAAGUGAAUGAUAUGUUUUUAGUAAAUUGGCACUCACCCUCAGUGUGGUGUUGAUUAUCUACAUAAAAACAUCUCUUAGUAAAUGUCAAAGUGAUGCUUAAGAUGAAGUUGGUGUGUUUCUAUACUGAUGCAGCCUUUUGCUCAGGGAGAUGUACUUAUUAAUAAGCCAGUGCACCAUUAUUUCUUCUUCUGUGUGUUUGUUCCGAUUCUAAAACGUCUGUCUUCUAUUCAGCAGAACUGUUGCCUUUGCUUUUUACCGUAUAUUUUAGUUGUGGACACUGGAUUUCUCCUGAGGGCUGUUUGAGAGCUCGAUGCUCGCGCUGGUGUUGUGUUGGAGGUUGUCGGUAUCACAUGCUGUUGCUGUGCAGUCUGAAAUGUUCCCCGUCGUUGGUGUACUUCAUCACGUCUUCUCUGUGUUUGCUUGUCUGUGAUGUUGAGGACGUAUGAUUUUAGACGCUCUCACCUCUCUGUGUAGCUCGACGGCGUUUUGUCUGUGCAUCAAAAUAAAACCGCUGCCUCUUGCUGUGCCUCGUCUCUGACAAAUAAGGAACCUUAUAUAAAAAGCACGACAUGUUUAGACUGUUUGCUACUUAUUGCUUUAAAGUCGGAUGUUAUUAGGCUGGAGUUUGGAAUAGGGAUCUUUUCUUCAAAGAACAUAUUAAAUUGUUGCAUUAAUGUGACGGAAGACAUCUAAAUCUUAGACUAUUUAAUCCUAUUUCUAUCAAAUAUUGAUUUUGAUCAGAAAUUUUAAGAUUUCAGAAAGAUUCAUAGACUAAAUGUUUUAUUUCAGUGCAGAAAAAUUAGCUUUUCCUCUUUAUGUUGGAUGCUCUGAAUCACAUUUUAAUUUGCUAACCUUAUUGUUUUAAGCAGUCUUAAUGUAGACGGUUAUCUGCAGAUAAUUGAGCACAGCUGAAAAGGUAAUAAGAGUCAAAUGUAACUCAACAUGUAAAACACUGUAUAGGUAUAUGAGAAGCCUAUCUUUGAGUUAGACAUUCAGUGCUACAGUACAUCGACGUAAAUCAAAGCACCAGAUGUAGAGAUGGUCAGAGAUCUUAUACUUGUUCAGAACUUCUCAGGUACCUGAACAACACUGAGGAGCUUUGACCAAGUCUAGGAGCAGAGACGAACCCGGAAACACUCAUUUAUGGCAGUAAUUCCAAAUUCUGCUUCAGUCGGUCUCUGAAACUAAUCUGUUGUCUACGUUUCUUCAUCACAUGAGUUAUUGGAAUGGUUUUCAUUCCCUACAGCCGGUCUAUGCUGAAUGGAAAGUUGAGUUCUCACCUGAGCUUUAAGAAGACGGUGUGCCUCUCCGCGUCCGUCCGUGUUCCGAAGCGACCGGUUUGUGUUCUGCUGUGGACCGACCGACGACGGCAGU